UCUCUUCUUCGCGAGCGAGAGAGGAGCUUCGAAAAGGAAGGCAGGAAGCUGAAUAAAGAUCACUAAUUGCUGCAAAUCAAGAAUAACAGAAAUUAUUAUUGGUUCGGUGUCAUUUAUCCAAGUUGAGACGAAAAACAUCAAGCUAGGAAUGAAUUUCAAAGUUUAUCUCAUAUCAGGAAGGUCGUUCUUGGAAGAUUUGUUUUGGGACUGAUCUUGUACUUCAGGCGAAAAGCAAGUACAGAGUACAUGUUUGGAAAGCGCCUGUAGAAGCUUGACAAACUGUUGUAAAGGAUAGAGAGAUUCAUAUGCUAUGGAAAUAUCAAAUGACUCAACUACCAAGAAGACAAAGAGAUUGACUUCUGUUGUAUGGAAUCACUUUGAAAGGGUUAGAAAGGGUGACAUCUGCUAUGCUGUCUGCGUCCAUUGUAACAAAAAACUCAGUGGAUCAAGUAAUAGUGGAACCACACAUCUUAGGAAUCACUUAAUGCGAUGUCUGAAAAGAUCUAACAUUGAUGUGUCUCAACUGCAGGCUACAAAGAGAAAGAAAAAGGAUAAUACUGUUAGCCUUGUGAAUAUUAGCUUUGAUGAAGGAGAAAGAAAAGAUGAGUAUAUCAAGCCUCUAAAUUUAAAGUUUGAUCAUGAUCAGAAAAAGGAUGAAGUUAUCAAUCUGGGAUGUGGCAAGUUUGAUCAACAGAGGAGUCAGCUCGAUCUUGCCCGCAUGAUUAUUGUACAUGAUUACCCAUUAGCCAUGGUUGAUAACGUGGGAUUUAAAGUAUUUGUAAAAAAUUUGCAGCCAUUGUUUGAUGUAGUGUCAAAUGUUUCAGUAGAGCUUUCCUGCAUGGAAAUUUAUGAGAAAGAGAAGCAAAAGAUAUAUGAGUCAAUUAGCAAAUUGCAUGGCAGAAUUAACAUUGCUGUUGAAAUGUGGUCCUCAACCGAAAAUGCCCAGUACAUGUGUCUGACAGCACAUUAUAUUGAUGAGGACUGGACAUUACAGAAGAAGAUCCUGAAUUUUGUCAAACUUGAUUCUUCGCAUACUGAAGACAUGCUUUCAGAAGUAAUUAUCAAGUGCCUGAUGGAAUGGCAUAUUGAAUACAAAUUGUUUUCCAUGACAUUUGAUGAUUGUUUAACUGAUGAUGAUAUUGUCAUUAGGAUCAAGGACCGGAUUUCUGAAAAAAGGCCCCAUUUAAACAGCGGGCAAUUAUUUGAUGUACGCUCUGCUGCUCAUGGUUUGAAUUUGAUUGUUCAAGAUGCCAUGGAUGCACUUCGAGAGGUGAAUGAAAAAAUUCGAGGAAGCAUUAGAUAUGUCAAAAGUUCGCAAGUAAGGCAAGGAAAGUUCAAUGAGAUUGUCCAACAGCUGGGAAUUAACUGUCAGAGAAGCUUGAUUCUUGAUUGUCCAACUCAAUGGAACACAACAUAUCUGAUGCUUGAAACAGCCUUGGAGUAUAAGGCUGUUUUUAGUCUGUUGCAAGAGCAUGAAUCCUCCUACACAGCAGCUUUAACUGAUUCCGAGUGGGAGUGGGCAAGUUCCAUUACUAGUUAUCUGAAAUUAUUUGUCGAAAUUACAAAUGGUUUAUCAGGCAACAAAUUUGCAACUGCGAAUAUAUAUUUUCCCGAGAUUUGUCAUGUCCACAUCCAACUAAUUGAGUGGUGCAAGAGUCCAGAUGAUUUUCUUCGUUCCCUGGCACUGAAGAUGAAAACCAAGUUUGACAAGUAUUGGAGCAAAUGCAUUUUGGCUUUGGCUGUGGCAGCUAUUUUGGAUCCCCGAUUCAAAAUGAGGUUGGUGGAAUACUACUAUUCUUUAAUUUAUGGCAGUACUUCUCUGGAGAAAAUCAAGGAAGUUUCGGAUGGUAUUAGGGAACUUUUCGAUGCAUACUCUAUCAGCUCAACAUUGGUUGAUCAAGGUUCUGCUUUACCUGGCAGCAGCUUACCUAGUACUGGUGUGGAUUGUAGGGAUAGAUUAAAGGGCUUUGAUAAAUUUCUCCAUGAGACUUCUCAAAAUCAGAGUUUAAUAUCGGAUUUGGACAAGUAUCUGGAGGAACCAGUCUUCCCUCGCAAUUGUGAUUUCAACCUCCUAAAUUGGUGGAAAGUUCACACACCAAGGUACCCUAUCUUGUCGAUGAUGGCACGUGAUGUUUUGGGUACUCCCAUGUCAACUCUGGCACCAGAUUGGGCAUUCAAUGCUGGUGGAAGAGUGCUUGAUUGUCGAAGUUCGUUAAGUCCAGAUACUCGACAGGCUUUGAUAUGUGCACGAGAUUGGUUGCGGAUUGAAACACUGGAACUCAAUUCAUCCGCUGCUCUUAGUUCUCUAUGCUACAUAGAAGCAGAUUAAUUGGUUCAUGUCAUGCAAGGUUUGAUCUGCUACCUCAACAACUGGGUCUUUCUCUUCAGUCUGGUGUAGGGUGGCAUUGGAUGAAUCUACAUUUCACUGUUUAUGAAGAGAACCCUCUUCUACUUAUGAAGGAGCCAUUUACUUUUCAGUUUACAGAAUAUGGGCUUCCUAAUGGAAAACUUGUUCCUGAUGAAAAUUUUAGAUAAACCAAACUUAUGAAGAAGGGUACCGUGCUUUAUUUAAUUUUUCUUUUGGUCAUGACUUUUGCUUGCACAGUUGCUCUGUUAUAUGCUCCUUUAGCAAGUGGGGAAAGGCCUGCCCAAGGAAUAAAUCACAAAACUAUUUUUGCAUUAUGUUUGGAUUUCCAAGUUUCGUAAGUCAAGGGGUUCUGUCGGUUCUUCUAUUAAGGGCAAACAUGUAUAGAGCAUUGCAAUGAAAUGUUGGAGGAAUAGAAUACUCAUGUUGAUAUUAUGAAGGAUUGAUAUAUGAUUGUUUUUCUUUA